UGUAAAUACCCCCCCCCCCCCCAGAGAAAACAUUGCGUAAGAAGGGAAAUGUCAUUUCAAGCUCUACAACUCAACCUUGGCAAGUGGUCUUGGUGUGUAAUGCAUCAUGUUCUCAGAAGCACCACUGUAAACAGCAGACGAUGCAUGUCUGGUGUAGUUGACCCUCCUGACAUGUCUCCACCAAUCCCAGUAUACGAGGACAGGAGUAGUGAUGAACCAAUGGAGACAAAACGAGCGCGACUUUUGUACCAGAGCAGAAAAAGGGGCAUGACAGAAAAUGGGCUGCUUCUCAGCACAUUUGCUGCACGGUACUUGAACAAACUGACGGACACACAACUACACAUGUACGAUACCCUGAUUAACAAGCCUACAAAUGACUGGGAGAUAUACUACUGGAUAACAGGUACAAAGGCCACUCCAGAGCAGUAUGAUAAUGAAAUAAUGGACAUGUUGAAAAAACACACACGGAAUGAAGACCAGGAGGUGCGCUUACAGCAACCUAGCCUACCAGAUCUGAGUGCUUAAGACUUAAUGUUACUAUGUUUGACUAAGUCUAUGAUUUAUGAUAAUAAACUUAUUGUUCAUGCCUCUUAAGGUAGCACACCUCUACUGAAAAUCUCCAAUUAAAACUCUUCAAUUUUAAUGCUUUAGCCUAUGUUGUUAAGCACAGGACUACAAAUCUUUUGAGGGUUUCAAGGUAGUGGUUCGAAUCCAGCAAGAAGCACAAAUAUAUUUUUUUCUUUGUUUUCAUUAGCUAACAUUUUUUUACAAAAGUUAAUAUUGUAUUUUCAUUACAAAGUAAUUAAAUACAUUUUUACCGAAAUAUUAGCUUCUGUUAAGUUUUUAUAACUUGCAGGCAUGGCUGAAAUAGGUGGUUGGGAAUUACAAUUUUUUUUUUUUUUUAAAUGAGACGGUAAAACAUUUUGAUUUUUUGGCAUAAUGUUCCCCAAAGAUUAAAGAUAAUUAUUAAUGAAGAACAGGUAUGAGUAUUUCUAGAACAUGUUAUUUUUGCUUUAAACAUCAAAGUUCAAAUUUAUGCGGUCAAAACAGUAUGUUAAAAUUGAAAUACCAUAUGGCUAUUCAGUAAAGUAUGAUUAUAUUUGUUGGUGAUGUGAUCAAUAAUGAAUUAUUUCUGAAAGCAAAUAUAUUUCUUGUUACUCUGAUACCAAAUUAUUACCAAAAUGUUGAAAAAUAAAUGAAAUAAAGGAU